AUGAAAAUCCUCGGCAAGCUAAACGCCGUGGAGGAAAGGAAUUUCAAGCGACAGCGGCUGGCAGGUUCGGACGCGACCCGCGCAGGCUUCACGCUAGAGUCGACGCUUUCCAGGCGCGAGAGACGUUCGGUGGCCCGGGGCUGGAGCAAGAGGGAAGGAAAGCUUCGACGGGACUUCGACAAGCGGGGCUCCUAUCUCGGCAACCGGAUCUACGAGCUGACAUCGCAGAUCGGUAGCAAAGAGCAGCACAUUCGANAGCACAUUCGGCGUAUUGAGGAUGCUAUGGCGGAGCAAGACCUCGCGAGUCUUCUCGCCCCUCUCCCCCCCUCGCCCAUCGAAGGAAAUGCAGAGGUGGACGCACGGGCGUGUACCGAGGGCGAGGACAACCAGUACAAGGAGGAAGUGUCCGCCACCCAAGCAAACCGCUUGUGGUAUCAAGGGCACUCGGCGUUGACGGUGUUGAAGGAGGAGCGGAAGCGCGACCUGCGGCAACUGCAACUCACGCAGCAGGCGAAGAGCUUGUCCGAUGAGUCGUACACGACGAUCCCAGCGGUCAAGGCAGCAGAGGCCAAACGGUUUGAGCUGUUGAACGAGGCCUCGCGUCUUCGACACGAGUCGUCGCUCUUGCGGAUCGCGGCGAGAGUAAACUCCGCUGGCUCACGGGUUUACGCGGCAUCGACAAUCCUGGGGUGGCUCGGGGACUUUCGGGGGCACGGUGGUUUCAAGCGAGAUUCAAGGGGGGUGCACGAGAGGGACUGGAUCAUGCCGUAAAAGUCUGUUUUUUUUUUCCGGUCGAGUUGAGACAUAUUUGUUCGAGUUUGUGCACGCGCAUGUUGGCGUCGUGAGCUUUUAAUACAUGUUUCACAUCAUCACGACCAGUGGGUACAACUCAUGUACGUCAUGGGCUGGUAGGCAGCGCCAGUGUGGCUCCUGCCAACUACACCGCUUUCUCACACGUCUCUACGGUCCCUAGACCCCUCAUUUUCCUAUCCAAAUGGUGUGCCCCUGCACCCAGGUUCUGAGGCCAGAACGAAAUUCUGGAUUUCCCGCGCGGUUUUUUCGAAUGAGAACCUGAAAUUUUGAGACGGCAUCUGCAUGAGUACAACAAAAACAAUUGCCACUGCGCCAUUUGUUUUUUUUUUAAAGUC